AUGGCGACCUCCACCUUCAGCGGCGACGAGACGGCGCCCUUCUUCGGCUUCCUCGGCGCCGCCGCCGCGCUCGUCUUCUCCUGCAUGGGCGCCGCCUACGGGACGGCCAAGAGCGGUGUCGGCGUCGCGUCCAUGGGCGUCAUGCGCCCCGAGCUCGUCAUGAAGUCCAUCGUCCCCGUCGUCAUGGCUGGAGUCCUCGGCAUCUACGGCCUCAUCAUCGCCGUCAUCAUCUCCACCGGGAUCAACCCCAAGGCCAAGUCCUACUACCUCUUCGACGGCUACGCGCACCUUUCCUCCGGACUCGCAUGCGGCCUCGCGGGGCUCGCCGCCGGCAUGGCCAUCGGCAUCGUCGGAGACGCCGGAGUCAGGGCGAAUGCACAGCAGCCAAAGUUGUUUGUGGGCAUGAUUCUGAUUCUUAUCUUCGCAGAAGCUCUUGCUCUUUAUGGUCUCAUCGUUGGUAUCAUCCUCUCAUCCCGUGCUGGCCAAUCUCGCGCCGAUUAG